AUGGGUUUGCAUCUCACCUUCAACCAAAAAUCGAUGAUAUUACUAGUGAUCAUUCUUCACUCCUUGUUCACUCUCACAAGGUCUCAAUCCACCACAUGCAGAACUUCUUGUGGUGACAUUCCCAUCGAAUACCCUUUUGGCAUUGACGAUGGGUGUGGAAGCCCGUACUACAGAUACAUUCUGGUGUGUUCUGACACGGGAAAGCUCGAAGUCAGAACCCCUUCUGGGAGAUACCAUGUUCAUAAUGUUAGCUAUGCUGAUCCGCACAUCAUGGUCACUGAUCCAUUCAUGUGGAACUGUGAGGAUGGUGAGAAUUAUCGCCCCACAAGGCCUUUCAGUUUGGACACCAGCACACGCUUCAAGCUUUCCCCUCAGAAUGAGUACCUCUUCUUCAAUUGCAGUGAGGAUCACGUGAUCGUUAAGCCAAAGCCAAUCUUCUGUGAGCGCUUUCCCGAACACUGUGAUUCUUCCUGUGACAGUGGUAGCUACCUUUGCAGGCACAUGCCAGGGUGCUCUUUUGCUAUGAGUGGUAGUUCUUGCUGCUCUUACUCUCCCAGAGCAACUGAGUCGUUGAGGUUGAUGCUCAAGUAUUGUACUAGUUACACAAGUGUUUAUUGGAGAAAUGUUGGGGCUCCUCAGCCUUACGAUCAAAUACCUGAAUAUGGGAUCAGAAUUGAUUUUGAUAUCCCUGUCACUACACGCUGCCUUCAGUGCCAGGAUCCUUCCAAAGGAGGAGGAACUUGUGGAUUUGACACUCAGACACAGAGUUUCAUGUGUCUGUGUAAAGAAGGAAAUUCCACUACUCAUUGUAAAGAUUAUGAUGCUGCACGGCACAGUAGAAAAGUUCAUGUGAUUGCAGGGACUGCUACCGCUGUCUCGGCUGCAGGGGCAUUUGGAAUUGGAGCUGGUAUUUGGUAUUUGAAAAAAUUGAGAGCUAAAUCACCAGUAACAUGUGGAGUUCAAAGCAACGAGAAUAGACUUUUCUGA